UACGUCUAUGCAUAGUAUUUCUAGUCUCCAAAGUGUUCAGUUCACAAAAUUUUUUGGUUAAUUUUUUUUCGGUAUUGAAAAUUUUUUGCAUCCUUACAGUUUUGGUCAAUACAAAUUUUGAGUACGGAUUUACGAAAAUUAACUGUAUCUGUCCCAUCCCGGACACCGUUUUUGGCACUAUGAGUAGGACGUUCAAAGUCGGACGACUGGGUGCGACAUAUUACUGGCGAAUUGGCGGCUUACACCGAAAUGGGUCCAAUUUCCGUUGUCUACAGAAGCGUUACUAUGCCGGUCGAUAUACCUUUGAUGAUCUGACCCAGUCCCGAAUCGAUGCGAUCAAAAAGGCGGGUAUUGAAGCCGGCCUUCCGCGCGAGAAUCCUUGGCGAGCGGAUUUCCCAGAAAACUUGAAUGAUAUCGGUUAUGAGUCCCAUUGCAAUGACCGCCUGUAUAUGGCAAAGAAUAAGUAUCGUUACAAUCAGCAGGAGUAUGACCAGAAGCGGUUGGAGCGUCGCAUGGAGGCCCGGAAGCGGGUUCAAAAGCACUUCAAUCCUAAUCCCGAUCAGGAAAACACAGAUAUGCGGCGGCGUGUCAUUAUGCAGGAUCCUGUCGAGCAUCAGAACCGGCAGAAGGAGAUCAUCGAGAUGAACCGCCGACUAUGGCAAAGUCGGCCGCAGGUAAAGAGGGAAAUCAAUUUAUCGGGCAUCACAUACCGUCCCGAUAACCAUAAACAGCUGACAGCAAAUAUGAAUCAUAAGGAUCUUGAUCGGCAGGGAGACUUCAAGCGAUAUCAGGAUAAAUCGGAAGCGGAAAAGGAGGCGGAAGCGGAAACGACUUGGUGGGUAAGAAAGCAAAUGGGGGAAGCAGAAGCGGAAACAAAAGCGGAAGCAGAGGAAUCUGUGUUCGAGAGGCGCAUGAAGAGGCUGAUGGGAAAGUAUGACGCCGACCAGGAUGCGGAAAGAUCACAUUGGCGCACAAAAAAACCAAGGGCGGAAGCGGAAAAGGAGGCGACCGGCCAGGCGGAAGACAACUGGUGGACAAAAAAGGAUAUGGGGAAGCGGAGGCGGAAGUUGAGGACUGGUAUGAAGGAUCAACCCCGAGGCUUGUCAUUCCAGAGACGUCUCAGGGAGCUCAUGGAAGCCGAAAGAAAACCGGAAGCGGAAGAAGAGGAUUGGCGAGUGAAAAGUCCAAGGGCGGAAGCGGAAGAAGAGGACUGGCGGGUGAAAAGUCCAAGGGCGGAAGCGGAAGAAGAGGACUGGCGGGUGAGAAGUCCAAGGGCGGAAGCGGAAGAAGAGGACUGGCGGAUGAGAAAAGUCAAAGGGAGAAUGGAAGAGGACUGGCGUAUUAAAGGCCGGAGGCCAGAAGCGGAAGAGGAGGACUGGCGUAUAAAAGCCCGGAGGCCAGAAGCGGAAGAAGAGGACUGGCGGAUGAGAAAAAUCAAAGGGAGAAUGGAAGAGGACUGGCGUAUUAAAGCCCGGUGGCCAGAAGCGGAAGAAGAGGACUGGCGUAUAAAAGCCCGGAAGCCAGAAGCGGAAGAAGAAGACUGGCGGGUGAACAGCCCGAGGGCAGAGGCUGAGGAAGAGGACUGGCGGGUUAAAUUCCGGAGGCCAAAAGCAGAAGAGGACUGGCGGGCAAAAGCGCAAAAUUGGCGUUCAAAAAACCCUAGGGCCGAAGCUGAAGAAGAGGACUGGCGAGUGAAAGGCUGGAGCCCAGAAGCCGAAGAGGAAGACUGGCGGCUAAAAGGCUGGAGUGAUGGCCGCCCGCUCAAAAACACCGGUCUACAAAGACGCCUCAUGGAGCUCAUGGAGGCUGAGAAGAAACCAGAGGCUGAAGAGGAGGACUGGCGAACGCAGAAUCCCACCGCGGAGGCGGAGGAAGAUAGGUCCAAUUCGGAAGCGGAAACGAAAGCGGAAGCGGAAGACAAGGCAUGGAAGGCCAGAAACCUUUCGCCGGUCUAUGAUCCCAAUCGGCCCUCAAAGUCCUGGCAAAAGAAACGCGAUCAGGACAUAGAAUCACAAUACUGGCACUCCUGGUACUCCUGUCCCAACAACCAGGAGGCAGAGACCAAUGUGGAGAUGAAGCACCAUUCGCGCCGCAAGAAGUUUUCGGUCCGCCCACCAUCCUAUACACGCGACGGUCAGAGGCGAAGCUACCACCAGACCGCCCUUAAUCCGCAUCCCAUUGAGACCCAGUCGGAGCCACUGGACAACGCCCCACCAAUGCCAAAGCCACUCCGUGCCAUUCCCAAGAAGCCCAAAAAGACGAAGCCCAAACGCAAACGUGAACGCAAAUCUGCAGAGCCACCGCGCUUCAAGAUGACCAUUAGGACUCGUCCUUUGAUUUCACGCCGACCCGUCAACAGUCACCUGCGGCGACUUAACUUCCUGUCCGAGGUGGCAGGUCCUAGCUUCCAUAUGGACAACCUAAACAAGCCCUUGUUGGACGAUUGCAUUCAGGCCAAGAAGAAGAUUUUGGUAACAGAAAAUUAAAGGAUUGCAGUUUGUUUUAAAUAGACAUAAAAAUCGUCCAAGGCUAGGAUACCACCGCUGUUACCGAAAUGUACAAUUUAUUAGACAAAUGCAAUUAAACAAUAUGGUUUACGAAACAAUGGACGUAAAGAUA